GGGAGGGAUUCCGUCACGGCCUGCACAUGUUCUGAUCCCACUACACUCUCUGUUUUGUCGUAUCGCCUUUCAAAGCUUUGGCUUACAACUACAUAUGUUGGGAAGUCACUAUGUAGAACAGUUAUUUGCAGUAAUACCUUUCAUUCCGAGGAAGUGACCACAAAAAGAAGAUUAAUUUUUGCGGAUUUUUACAUUAUUUUCCUUGAAUGCCUGUGAAGUUACUUUCAGUAGAUUUGUGAUUUCUGUGUGCAAUUCUCUAGCACUUGACAGUCGUCUGAAAACUCUUGAUACCCAAUCAGAAGAAUGAGUACUUACGGCCUAGCAUCUACUGAACAUCACCAUCAGUUUGCCAACAGCUUUGACAAAGUUGCAGCUUACCACAAUGCCUUACAGAACAAUAAAGCUAACUUCACCGUGAGUCACCUACUGGACUUGGAGGAAUUACCCAGCGAAAAUUGUGCCAUGUAUGCUAACACUGAUCCCCAGCCAGGCCUUCCCACUCAGGCAUGUACCCCGACCCUCAACGGCAAUCCUCCAGGAACAGGAAUGACAGACCUAGGCAAUAAUUCCCCCUCCCCGAUACAGGACAGAAUGCAACAACCCUCACCGAGUGAUGGUAAAAGUCAAAGUGGAAACGAAGAUGAUGAUAAAGAUGACAAAGACAGCAAGCGGAGACGAAAGCAAAGACGCAACAGAACAACAUUUAACAGCAACCAACUUGCAGCUUUGGAGCGAGUGUUCGAAAGGACGCAUUAUCCAGACGCGUUUGUUCGAGAGGAACUCGCAAGAAGAGUUAACUUGAGUGAGGCUCGAGUACAGGUUUGGUUCCAAAAUAGAAGAGCAAAAUUCAGGCGCAACGAAAGGAACAUGAUGGCUCAGAGAGGUAACUUGUAUGGGCGACCAGAGACAACACCCAUUGAGCAACCCAUCACACCCAGACAAUCUUCUAUGGGAUCCGCCGAUACAAUGAACUGGUACGCCCCUCCGGCCUACAGCCCCGCGUCAUCAUCUUCAAGUUGUGCUCUUGCAAAUCAUUCGUACUCCCCACCGCCUAAUAUUGGUUCAAGCAUAGCAUGUCUCAGGCUGAAGGCCCAGGAAUAUAACACUGUAAUGCAUAAUCCAUAUUCUCAUCAAAUGCCACAGUGACCGGAGAGCAAAAUGACCCGGGAACAUUAAAAAUUGUGACACCGUUCUGAUGUAAUUAAUGGUGAAGUGAAACUGUGAUUGUUUUGUGGGAUAACUUUACCAACAACAUGUUCAUACGUGACGUGAUUGGAAUACAUGGAGAAGGCAGUGAUAUGUCGAUGCGAUAAAAACUCAGGAUACUAAUGCUAGUAUGGAAUAUGGCCUCGUCAAGUGUUGAGAGCAGAGAAAGUGAGAUGGUACGACUGAUUCUGUCACCUAACGGAGGAGUAGAUGCGCUAGAUGUCUGAACGGAAGCAUUAUCGUCACAUCGAAUCAUUGUCAUCGACAUCAUAAUCGCUAACAUCAAAUAAUCCUUGUCACAAAUUCCUGCAACUUAGUUUUCCCUUCUAUUUAUAAAUCAGUGGUUUAAAUGGACAUCUUAUGUGGACCUAGAUAUCUGUGUCUCAAUAUUUCACAGGUGCGCAUGUGCAAAGCAUGACUUUGUCUAUUUGUUUUGUAAGAAUUGAUAUUUACUCGUCACAGGUUGUGGUUGUUGAAGUUGUAUAAUCACGUGAUCUUUAUGUUUAAUCUGUUAUUCGAACACACCUGUUCCCCUUAUCCAUCCGUCCUAGCGUCGGCAUUGUACAGGGGCUUCCAAAAAUUAAAUGUGUAGAUAUAUUAAUUGUUUCAUAUUUGUUGAAUAUUGAUAUUGUCAUUUUUACAUGUACAUUUUAUCUGCUUGAAAUGAAAUGUAGAAAAAAGGUGCAUGUGCAAAGCUGGGAAAUGAAUUUUAUUAUGAACUUCUCGAUGAAAAAGACAAAUACGUGUGCACGAUUUGUUAAAAUUUCCAGAUAAUUUUAUUGACGUGUUUUUAGAUUUUUUCAUUUAAGAGGGAUGGAAAUCCUGCAUGUUUUAUUAUCUAAAUAACUCUAUGCAAAAUUAGUUUUUGUUUUCACAUUUUUUUUUUAGUUUUUUACAAGGAUGGUGAAGAAAUUCCUGAUUUAUUAAUGUUCGUGUCUUAGAAUAUUUGAUUUGAAUUAACUAGUAAAAUGAACUAUUUGUGCCUUGUCAAUUAAUGUUUUGAAAAACGAUAAACAACGAACUUCCAGACUCAGAUGAAAUGUAUAUCACUCCAUAUUCAAAUUUUCACUUGUUUAUAUUAUGACUUUUCCAGAAGAACUCUCAAAUUGCGUUUUGUAAAUAUAUUUUGAAUAUUUUGAUACCGUUUAAAUGUUUAUAAUGAGGAGAUAUGCAAAAUAAAAUGUUAUAUAAAUAUAUAA